CCAUGUGCCUAUCGUUGGUAAAUAAAGGUCUUUGCUGAUUUCCGUCCUGUUUUUAUCGGAUUUUUUCGGCCUCAAACGUCGACCUCUGCGGAGCCGGAGCCGCCAUGAUGUCCGGGGGCGUCGUGAACCUUCAGGCGCAGGUAGAGUCGGUGCUGGGGGCGCUGGUCAAAGCUGCUACGAUGGAGUUAACCAAACUGUUCGAGAGCUCAUACAUAGGCUCGGCCGUGGAUGUGGACGUGGGCCGCACGGAGGACGGGGCCGAGAAGACACCCCUGAACACACUCACACACUGCUUAUUCAGCGGGAAGAAUAGACGAAGCAUCGGGGUGCAAGUGGACGCCGACGCUGAUCUUUCGUUCGAGCUGUAUGGACCCCUCCUCUGCUCAGAUUUAGACUACAUGAAGGGGUGCAGAGUGGAGGUAGAGGAGUGUAUCAUUCCACCAGAGAUCCUGCUGGCACAACACAAUGGCCUCUCUGACCCUGAGUGGCCACUUCUGAAGGAACAGGCUUUGGCAGAGACUAUUGACAUGGUGGAGUUGAACGUCCUUGAAACAGAGGCUCCAGUUUAUAAUCAGCACCAAACAGAGGUUGUUUUGCAUGGGAAAGAUCAGCACUAUGCCAUUAAUACAGUACAUGAUGAAGAAAAGUCUCCGAUUAAACAGAAGCCUCUCGUGGUCCUACAUGACGUAUGUGCCGUUACUUCUCCGGAGAAGGUGAAGUUCGUUUGCCCGUUGGUCCUCAAACCGGAGUCUCCUGCGGCGAGUCUCGACAGUUCAGAGAAGCCAACUCAAGCGGAGCCUCAGCAGGCCGUCGUCAGCACGGCAAAGGGCACGGCGUACAGCCCGUCCCCGUCCGAUGGCGCGGUGACACCUGCACAGGUCGGGAUCUGGGAACGGAUCCACCCCCAGAAGGAGGCCAAGAACCACCUCCAGAUGAAGCUGAAGCUGAUGUAUCCUGACCAAAAGCUUGCGAGUCCGUGCGCGGUGCAGCUGGUGGACCUGUUCACGGUACCUCAGACUGACGGGAAGCUCCAGGAGUAUUGUAGUAAAAAGCGCAGUGCCAACAGCAGCACAGGUUGGCCUCUGCCCAAAGAUCUGCGCCACCACCAAGGCGUCCACACGGGCCACCGCCUCUGCUGCUUCACCCCAUCUGAGAACGGUAUUUGGCGGCUCCGGACGGUUGUCAACCACACUCGUGAAGGCUACGCCUGCAGCAUUUGCAAGAAGACGUUCAAGCGCAGGAAGAUCCUCCGGCGUCACGAGCGCUUCCACUCCGGAGAAAAGCCGUACUCGUGCCCGACUUGUUCAAAGACGUUCGCGCUGAGGAAGAGCCUCCGCCGUCACCUGAGGUUCCACACGGGGGAGAGGCCUCACAGCUGCACACAAUGCGGCAAAAGCUUCCGCAUCCGAGACAAUCUGAAAACACACCUGAGGUUUCACACGGGAGAGAAGCCUUUCAGCUGCGCUACAUGCGGGAAGACGUUCAGGAUCAUGAAGAAUCUGGAGAAACACAAACUCAGCAUGUGUGCGUAUUUUGUCCCUUCGUUCAGGAUGAUAGCGGGUUUGCCACAGUGAAGACGUCUGCAGCAGGCGGUGCGGAGCCGUUGUUUCUACCUCAAACUAACAAUGUUGUGUAGCUUUUGUAGGCAACUUCCAAACAUAGUUGAGAUUAUAAAUGUUUAUAGUUUAACAGAAAGAGAAACACAAAUGCGUUCCUGGCAUUAGGAGUCAUACAGAGGUUUAUACAUGACUGAUAUAAGUUGCAGUGUGGUGAGAGUUUCCUUUUUAACCCAUAAAGACCCAAACAGUCACCACUGAACAAAAUCAUCUACUGAUCUAAACUGCUUAAUACCAGCUGAUCCACUAAUCCUAUCAAUACAUGUCAAUAAUUGGUGUAAAAUGC